GCCGCCAGCUGACAGUCGGUAGUCGCAGCUGAUAGAGGAAACAUCGCACGUCACUCGUCGUCGUCACUUCCUUUGUUUGUGCCGGUCGCGAGGAUUAACAUUUUAUUGUUUUAAUAUGCAUUUCGCGUUGAACCACGUCACCUACGGUUCUAUCAGUGCGUUUGUGAAAUUCGAUUCCGCGAGUGGAACUUUUUUAAACCGUUUGUGUUUCGGUGUUCAGUAGACUUUUCGUUUAGUGUUUGUGGACUUAAGUGUGUAACGGACUGUAGAAUGUCGACAGGUAAACGUCUCGCUAAAAGAUCCAUUAUCGGGACCAGAGUGGUCGCACCUAGAGAGGACGGGCUGCUUCAUUCAGCGGUCAUCCACGCGGUCAAGAGUACCAAGGAGGAAGGAGAGGCCAGGUACUCGGUGCGGUUUGACGAUACUCGCGCCAUCGCUGUGUUGUUGGACUCGGAACUGAUCGGUCCGGGGUUUCAGAGUGUUGGUUCGGUGGUGCUCAAGCCAGGACAAAGGGUGUACCUCACCUUCAACGGACGAGAGGUCACUGGGGAGGUGAAACAACACGAUACGGACGUGGAUGAGGUGGACGUUGUCAUCUGCCCUCCUGGACACGAGGGCGGCCUAGACCUCCGCAAGCGCCUAGAGGAGGUUCGCCUCCUGGAGUCCCGCAAGUCUGCACGACUGAUGGACCAAGACACAGACUUCGCCCGCCUGGCAGACAUGGCUGGGGACCGCAAGAGGACAUCUUCCCACGUCAUCGACGUUCCCUCCGUCCACGGAUCUCGCAAGAGAAGGCCCAGCUACAGUCAAGAUGACAGUAAAGAUGGAGACCUCAUGAACGAGUGUACAGCAGCCUUGGUAUUGAUGCGGCUCUCCUGUAGCCCUCACUCGCCCAGCUUUAACGGUGUUGCGUGGCCGGAGCCUGCGUCGCCUAGUCCUUCCCUGACAGACUCCUGGAGAAGCAACACCCCCUCCCCUCCCCUCAGUGAAGGAGGAUACGCGCCAUCUUGUGUUGACGAAGGCUUCAUCGACGAGGAGUUCGAAGACAUCCCAAAGAAGAAAAAGGCAAACCGCAUAGUGUUCCAGUGUACGUGGCCGGGCUGUCUUGUCAUUACUACAACCUGUGCUGCCAUCGAGGCCCAUGUGCGCGCCACUCACCUCGGGCCCAAAGACAGAGAUGAAGGCAGUGAGAUGGAAGACGAUCAUGAGGAAGAGUUCUACUACACGGAGGUUGAACUGGGACUGCAUACCUCCAGUCCUCCUACCCUUUCUCAUAGAGAUAUGGCACGGCCACCACACGAAGAUCCUGAGUACCAACGCAGCCUCAGCCAACAUAACUAUGCUUCAAGUCGAGCCAUCAACAUCCCCCACCACUCCACCCACUGGGCCAUGUCAGCCGCUACCUCACCUAACUCGCCCCAGAAGCACAUGAAGCUGAGUGUGUCUGCGCCAAGUGGCAAGCUGCCAGGCAGUCCCACACGCAAGGUACGCGGAGAGACCAAGAAGUGCCGCAAAGUCUACGGCAUGGAGCACCGCGAGCUGUGGUGCACUCAGUGCAAAUGGAAGAAGGCGUGCAGUCGGUUUGGCGACUAGACGGCGCGCAACGGUCACACGACCGUGAACAAACGAUAACAGAGAUCAGGACCGAAGAAUGAGACGACCAAAUUUAUUUGUGGAAAUUGAGGAUUCGAUUGGCAGUAUUUAUCAUGAUUGCUGGUGCCUGCUCGAGCGUAGACUUAGAUAGUCUCGGUGAAGAGUCGAGAGUCACGUACGAAAUUCUUCCUGAUCUCAGAAUGGCUGUGGUCACGGUCGUUUAUUGAAUGAAUCAGGCCUAAUGUGGAUCAUUGGAAAUUAUUGAAUGAUUUAAAUUUGACAAAGUUUACAAAAUUGUCAAACGUUUCAAACGAGAAAGCAACAAAUGUAGUGUUGAUAUAUCUAUACGAGUAAGAUUACGUGUAAGUAGUGUUAUUUACUGAAGGUAUGCUAUUUAUCUGCAUUGAUGUAAAUAAAUGUGAAGAUUUGGAAAUAUAAGUGGGCCCAGUUUAUAAAGCGAAAAAAUUAAAGUAAUUUACAUGGUAUUUUUGAUUGGAUAGGAAUUGAAAAUUGAAAGUUAAACACAAGAUUUGUCUGUUUGGAUUCAAUCCACCAACGUAAAUCAUUCCAAAUAUUUUCCCCUUAGAUCCACAAUUUUGGACUUGAAAGCUAGUAGACAAACGGGCUGACAUUGGUUGGUUGAAAAAAUGUGAUAAAUGUGAAGUUCUGUUGACAAUCUUAACUUGAUUGUAAAUCAGACAGGUUUUGUAAAGACAUUACUCUUGGAGGAGGUAAAAAGUGAGAUACAUUCCAAAUGAUAAACUGGACCCACACGCCAUAACACAAUCCAACAAGGUUUUGAGUUACCUGAUGAACUGCUUGCUUUGGCUCUCAUGGUUCGGACCACCAUUCAACAGACUUUUAAUUUUUUAGUCAAUAAAUUGUCUCCUGUUUUACCAGCCAAACUUAAUAAAUUCUUUCUGAGUUUUGGAAUCCAACCUCUUCGAAUUAUUGUUCUACAUUUUUCUAAGAACCAUGAGGAGUGAACAAGCAAGGCUCUCUGAAAACGAAAGAAAUAAAACUAUUGUUUGUUUAGUUUUAAGUCAAGUAGGUUUAGACGUAUUUUAAGUCUGCUCAGAAGAAAUCCUGCAUGGUAUUGCUGUAUCUGUUUUCCAAUCGUUUGCAGAGUAUGAUUAUAGUUUUGUGUUGGCAACAUUGGUUUGCAGAGCAUGAUUAUAGUUUGUGUUGGCAACAUUGAUCUCAACAUUACCUGGUUCUGCUCACCACUACAAGUAUUAGCUUUAGACUUUGUGUUUGGGUCUGUAGGUCUGUAAACGAAUCUUGCCUUAAAACAAACCAGUGAUUAGACGACAAACAGAUGAAAAUUACUAAGUCAUAGUGUUCUAAGUUUGUACGCUGAUUUGUUAAAAUUGUGAUUAUCACAAAAAUGAUAUUUGUCCAAAUACUGAAUUUAUAUUGAAAAUUUAAUGCGAAUACUGUCGUGUAGUAAGUUUGUCUUUUUUUGUUCAAAGAUCUAUUUUAGUGAAAUAUUUGUUUAGUAUUAAAAUGCGUCUGAUAUUCCAGUCAUUUAAACUCUUCCUCCUUAUCUUCCACCUGCAUACUCGGACUACAUCUACCAACAGAUUGGCAACACGAUCUCAUCAUAAUAUAUUUUUGUAUAUAGUAAAGUUUAUAUUAUAUUUAUAUGUAGAUAGCGCCAGAGAUUUUAUUUUAUUAAGAGAGUAAGGUUGUUUUGCGAAGAGAUCAAAUCUCAGUGGGGUUCACGUUAAACCGGUUAUCACUUUUUUUGUCUAAAACGAUAUUUUCAUAAUCGAUGUAUUUUAUACAGAACAAAAAGAGCCAGAAACUGGCAUUAAAUGUUUACAAGCCUUCUAGUUUUGUAGAAUGCUAUAUUCAAAUAAGGUUAAUUCUAUUUUGCCGCAUAUUUUAUUUUCCGACCCUACAUUUGUAAUUAGACCCCGAAACUUUAUCAAUCACUAGGCUAGCUCUUAUAGCAAUACGAAAAGUAUUUUACAAAUAAUAAUUUAAGUCGCAUAUUUGGAUUGUGUUUUCGUGUUAGUCUCUGUAGUAUUUAUGUAGGUUAACACCUGAUUAUUCCUUAAGUAGACCUAAGUUAUUCUUUAUUUAGUGAAAUCCAGUUGUUGAAUUUAGCAAUAAGAUGAAAAGAAUCAGUUUAAUUAUUUUUAACAUUUAACUGUGUCGAUAUUUGUUGGCAACUGCUUCGCUACAUUGUACCGUGAAUAUGAAUAGUAACCAAAGAUUUACUUUCUAAUUUAACUCGAUGGUACUUACCCAAAACAGAAUCUUAAAGAUAAUUUUACGAGUUUGAAUUUUAUAUACUCUGAGUGAAACUGAUCUAGAUUGCCUUUUAUCAACUUAAAACACUGAUUAACUUAUACAUAAUACCUGUUACUGUAUUCUGUUCUUGACAAGUUUUAACAUUUUAUUUCCUUAUCUCUUGGCUACUUUAAGGCUGUUUCUGCUUAUUAUUAGUGAUGUAUUUAACAAUUUAUUUAUUUUUCUUUCUUAACAAUUAAUUUAGUUUGUAGAGCUUAUUUAUAAAAGGAAUAUAUUAUAUUGUACACUUGGAAAGUGCACUGAAAUAAUUCACUAAUGAACUUGGUUAUCGACUCCAUGUUAAAGCUCGUAAAGUUAGUCGCUGUGAUCCCAAUCUUGUUCAACACUGAAUUUUACUUUGUUUACGAUAAUUUAUAAGUCUUUAUCCAAAUAUACCGUAAUUUUAGAGUUUACUGUUUUAAGAUAUUACUAUAUAUAUUUGCUAUAAUAUUUAUCGUAGUUUAAUAUAGAUUAAGUUGAAAACAUAUAUCAUCAAAAUAAUAUAUUUAUAUCAGUAGAGUUUUUAUAAUUUCACUUUAUAUCAUAUAUAUGGGGUCUUUCAGCCAGCGUGUUUGCGCACGCAUCUCGCUCGGCUGCUUGGUUGUGGCUUCUGUCGCGUCCUGUCGCAAAGUGUUGUUUAUCUAUUGUUUGUUUGUCAUUAGACGUUAUUGUAACAAAGAGAAACAGCUGUGAAAAAUUCUAUUGUUGAUGUUUGACCGAGUUAUGUUAUUUACGUUAUUUGUUAUUCUUACUCAGAUCUUAUUGUUCUUGUUGUUUCCGAGUGGUAACGUUGGAGCCUGGACGUAAGUUUUUGUGUGAGACCGAAGGUGACGAACCCGUAACGCUAGUGAUGCAUAGCGCUGUUUCUCUUUGGCUGAAAACAUUUUUAUCCAUUUAUAAAUGUUGUGCGUAUUGUCGAUGUUUUAGCCCAGUGACUAAGCAAUAGUUAUCAGCACAUAGACUACUCUGUCACUUUAAUUUACCAGACAAUAUUUGUAACAUUUAUUUUUUACAGAAAAUAUGAGAAAAAUAAAAAAAUUUUACAAAUUUUCUAGUAUUUAGGUUCAUUUUAAAAUAAAACUUACCAUGUCUUUCUUAAA